AUGGAAAUUCCUCCUCCAAUUCCUCCUCGGGAUUAUGCAAGCAAAAACUCUCCCAUUCCGCUUCCACCCAGAGAUUAUCUACAGAAGGCCGACAAUGUACCUGAACAACCACCACGGAGCCACCCUGGCGCUCAACAGAAGAGUAUUCAAGUCCAAACACAAGGCUACUCAUCAAGUGAUGGUUUGGCAAAUAUAUUUGAUUAUCCUAUAUCUACAGACCCUCCUUUAUCGAGCUUCCAAACAUCAAACCAACAUCCCGUAAAGCUACCUCAAUUUUACGAUGUUCCCGGACCUUUACAAACUAAUAACUUUUAUGGUAACUUUUUGGUUGAUGAUCAAAACUUACCCGUUUGGACACACCCCUAUAGCAUAUGGAAAUCAACAGAUGAUCAGUUUAAAGGGUUAGGGAUCUCCCAUACAUCUGCUUCUCAAAGAGUUUUUGGUGAUGAUCCCGAUACAGGCAAUCUUAAAUAUUUUUUCAACCCCGUCGGGAUAUGCUCAAUGAUGUUAAGUGCAAAUGAAUUUGAGCCCCAAAAUUUCAACUUUAAGGUUGGUGACCUAUCAAGGUUCUCCAUUGGCUUGAAAUUCUUGACUGGCACGGGGGAGAUGCACGUCAAUGCUGUUCAAGGAAUGGGUAUGAUUACUGCCGUUUACAAUGGCUCCAUUACCCCCCGGGUUGCCUCUAAGGUUGGUAUACAACCAAUUCAACAAUUGGGAACUACCUCUAAUGGAUUACAGAAGUACAAGUUUGUAUUAUUUGACAAUACAAGUUGGAUAGUAUAUACCAACUCAAUAUUAAAACAAGUGUCACAAAAUUCUGUUGUCAGCUCUCCAACUAAUGGCCAGCAAGUGAUCGUUCAAAUCGCAAAACUCUCUGACGAUAACUCCAUCCAAUAUUAUGAUAAAGUAGCUGGCUCUUGGGUUACUGGAUGCAUCCUCGAAGCAUCCGUGAUUUCAAACAAUAGAUGCCAGUACACGUUUGAUUACUCUAUAUCGGGUAGUUCAGCUUCUAAUAAGAUUCUACAAUGGUUUUUACCCCAUCAUAUUGAUUCAAUAGAUCCGAAAAUGCAGGAUGAUAAAGCGGGGGAUAUCUCUCUAGACUCUACUUGUAAGGGUCCUAUGGAAGGUUUCAUCAUUUCACAAUUUACCAUGGUUGAAUCCUUACCGCCAGAGAGCUUAAUGUUCGAACCAUGGUCAGAUAAAAGCGGGGUACAUGGCUAUUCAAAAUACUCAUUGGAUAUUAUAAACAAAGUUGCUGAGGAAGAGAUUUCUUUAUUUGAUGUGGUAAAUGAGUCGAAUACCGAUUCAAUGUAUGCAACAGGUAAGGUUUUUGAUAAAGGUGCAUUCCUUCUUUAUGUUGUGGCGUUUGUGUUGAAAAACCAAAACUUAACAAAAAUAAUGCUGGACAAAAUGAAAACAGCUUUUGAUAAGUUUAUAAAUAACAGGCAAUUGGCACCAUUGUGUUAUGAUAAUCAAUGGAAGGGAAUUGUUUCAACAUCUGGACUGCAAGAAGGAAACUUUUAUUGUGAUUAUGGUAACUGCUUCUAUAAUGAUCAUCAUUUUCAUUAUGGUUAUCACGUCCAUGCUGCCGCAAUAGUUGCAUUGGUUGAUCAUAGUUUUGGUGAUGGUUCGUGGAUCAAUGGAUCGAAAGACUGGGUCGAAAAUCUCAUUAGAGACUUUUGUAACCCGUCUCCGAAAGACAAGUAUUUUCCACAAUUCAGAUCGUUUGAUUUUUUCAAUGGACAUAGUUUUGCGAAUGGUUUGUUUGCUCACGGCGAUGGUAAAGACGAAGAAAGUAGCAGUGAAGAUUUUCAUGCCUAUUACGGAAUUAGACUAUGGAGUGCUAUUACAGGAAAUAAAUCACUAGAAGCGGUUUCCUCUCUGAUAUUGGCAAUUGAGAAAAGAGCGAUUGGUAUGUACAUGUAUUAUAAAGAUGACAAUAAAAUCAUGCCUCCUCGUUUUAUUAAGAAUAGGGUUUCUGGGAUUUUGUUUGAGAACAAAAUUGAUCAUGCUACAUAUUUUGGAAUGGAGAAAGAGUAUAUUCAUGGUAUCCAUAUGAUCCCUCUUACUCCAAUGAGCAACUAUAUUAGAGACUCAAGAUUUGUGAAGGAAGAAUGGGAAGGAUUGCAACUAGCGAAACUCGCAGAUGCAAUUGAUAGCGGAUGGAAAGGUCUUUUGAUGCUAAAUUGUGCAAUGUAUGACCCUAAAAGGUCGUGGGAGUUUUUCAGUAGUGAAAAAUUUCAAAGUAGAUGGCUAGAUAAUGGUAUGUCAAGAACCUGGGCUCUUGCCUACGCAGCUGGUAUGGGUGGCUGCUGA